GAUAAAAUAAAAUAUAAUUAAAACAGUCCGAGAAAUACAACUUUUGGGGUCGAUUGUACACACCGGGACACAAAGGGAUGACCUCCCACAUGUGUGGGGGCCACCCCACGGUUUUUUCAACUCUUGGAGACUUGAUUGAGUGCAAAUGGGGCUGAAAACCCUUGAAGGGAUGGGGGAGACCAUCUUGACACCUAAGGGACCCCUCUCACACUCAUAUGGCCAAUAUGCCAAAAAGGAAAACCCACCCCAUCUCCCUCAUCAUCCAACUUCAACCAAGACACCAAGGAGAGAGUGUGACCUCUGAAAACCUCCAUCUCCAUUGUUGAAGAAAGCUCCAAGAGCAAGGAACUCAAGGAAGGAGAAGGAGUUGCAAAAGUAGAGAAAAACCUUGGGAAGAAAGGCACUUGUCAAAGGUGAUUCAAGAGCCUUCACGAAGUUUAAAGAGUCGCCGGAGUUAUCGCCGGAGUUCUUCAAAGUUCGCCGGAGUUUCACCGGAGUUCAACCGAGAAGGGUAGAACUUCAUCACGCUCAUUCGAGGUUGAAGCUCAAGUUUGCUAUUUUCACCUUGCUCGGUGAAGUGAUCCAAGGGGAGACGUGGUUCGUGCUUCCUUUAUUGUUUUGAACUAUAAACUAUGCUCAUGGAUACUUUGUAACAAAUACAUUUGUUUUGGGCCUGCGUGCCUACGUGUUGGCCAUGUGUGGCCCAUGAUUGAAUAUUGAAUAAUUCCGCUAUUCGUUCAAUCUAAAUAUGUGAUGUUGUUAUGUAUGUUUACUUACUGAGUAUGGUAUGGACUAUGUUCAUAGACGCCUUGUGUGACUAAGUCACGUUGACUCGCGGGUGACGUCGUUUAGUCAUACGGCGGUUGUACACACGCUCAGAUGCGGUCUGGGGCAUGACAAUUGUCCUUCUUUUGACCCUUGAUCAUUAUAUCAUCCAUGUAGGUCUUCAUAAUAAUGAUGAGUACCUCCUUGAACAAUAUCCCGAUCAUCCUCUGAAAUGUUGUCAUCGUGUUCCGCAGGCCAAGCGACAUGACGAUGCAGCAGUACACACCGUCCGACGUGAAGAAUGCGGUUUUCUCUGCAUCAUCCAGGUGCUUAAAUAUCUAAUGAUAGCCCUGGAAUGCGUCCAUGAAGUUGAGCAGCUCGCAACCUGUUGUUUCGUCCACCAACAGAUCGAUCCUCAACACGAG